AUUCAAGCUGAAAAACAUUUCCAUCUCCUUAAUCCUAAUCUCAUCGGGAUUAGUUCUCUUAUCAAACCAAAGAAUUAACGAGCAGGGAAAAUUACCACAUCGUUAAUUACGUCCUCCCUCUAAUUAAUUAUGAGCGUCAAGAGGUUCCUCCCCGGAACAGCUCCCCCACCGCCGCCGGCAGCCGCGCUGAGAAUCGUGAGCCCCGGCGGGGCGGUGGACCGCUACUACAUGGCAACGCCGGCGAAGGCCAUAUUGGAGAAACACGGCCGUUCUUUCGUUCUGGCCAAGCCAGAUGUGUUCCGCAGGUCCUGGGAGGAGGAGGAUGACGACCCGGUGGUUCGACCCGACGAGAUUUUGGUCCCCGGACAGAAAUUCUACCUCGUACCGCGUCGCACCGUCUGGUCUCUCCGGCGGAAAAAUAAGCGCGCGGGGAAAGGUAAUGAAAAUGAUGAUGACGGUCGCAAGAUGAAGAAGGAGGAGGAUGAUUCCUCCUCCCGCGGGGGCGGUGGCGUUGAUUCCGCCGGCAGCAGGAGAUCGACUGUUAUGGUUUUGUCAUCAUCAAAUCAAAAGCGGCGGAUUGAUAAUCUUCAUCGCCGUGGCCAUUCCCGCAGCUGGCGGCCUUCUCUCACCGCCAUUGCUGAAAACUGCUCUUCAUAGAGUAGUUUUCCACUGAAUGGACAACACGAUUCAUUAGUAGGACUACUGUAAGAGGAUAUAGAGGAGUAGGGCCUAUCGUGUCACUGAAUGAACAACCCAAUUCGCA